UCGAAUCCGGACAGAUUUAGUGGUUACACCGGAAGUAUCUAUACCCGGAAAUAUGUUUACCUUCUGGGCAGGGACCACCGGGCAAAGCUGGUGGAUGUACGGCAGCCGGCUUUUUAAAAUCCACCGCACCCUUGGUUUUGUUUUGGAAGCGAAUUAAGUCCUGGCGUGCCGCUAUACGAUUGGACAAUGCUUGUGUACCUGUUUAUCUUCCAUUUUUAACAACAGCUCGCUGCUCUCUCCGGCCGAGUGAGUUCGCUUCUUCCUGACGGUGUUUAUGCUCAGGUGUCCGAUUGCUCACAAGAGUUGUUGUCCAUUAUGUGUCAUCUACAGCUGAGGACAUUGAUUUUUGUGGCGUGGGUGCUGGGUUACGUCGUCUUUCUGCACUCCGUCAGGAUGAUAUGGACGGCUAAGUACGCGCGAGGUCCACUGGCACGCUCACUUUUAGUGAACAUGGUGAGCGAAGGGGAAGGAACAGCGAUGGAAACGCAGGAGUGGUACAAAUGCUGCCCCGAUCUGCUUGGGGAGUCUCUGCGACCACUGUUUGUUGAGAGUCAUCUGGAUUCAGGCACAAAGGCUUUCCUCAAGCAAAGCAUUGAGAAAUCGAACUGGUUAUUCACACAACUGUAUCACUCCUUUGUUUCAAGUGUCCUUACCCCUCUGGUGUCACGCACUUCCAUCAAUGGGUUUCUGGGUCGUGGGUCCAUGUUUGUGUUUUCCGCGGAGCAAUUCCAGAAACUUCUCAAUGUCGGACCAGACUGGAAGGCAGAGAAACUCCUGGACCUUGGAGCUGGUGAUGGUGCUGUUACAGAAAUUAUGAGAAGCCAUUUCAGAGAAAUUUAUGUGACUGAGGUCUCGCCACCGAUGAAAUGGCACCUGCAGAGGAGGAAUUUCAAAUUGAUGGGCAUCGACGAGUGGCAGCGAAGUGGCCAGCAGUAUGAUGUCAUCAGUUGUCUCAACCUGCUGGACCGCUGUGAGGAUCCUCUCCAUCUUCUGCGGGAUAUCAGGCGAUCGCUCGUACCCAACACCGGACGCCUCGUUCUUGCUGCUGUUCUUCCUUUCCAACCCUACAUUGAAGUUGGUGGGAAAUGGCAGCGUCCCCAAGAGCACUUAAAAAUCCAAGGCAAGACAUGGGAGGAGCAAGUCACGAACCUGUCACAUGACGUCUUCCGAAAAUCAGGAUUUGAGGUAGAGACUGUGACCCGCUUGCCAUACCUCUGUGAAGGGGACAUGUACAACGAUUACUACGUUCUCGAUGAUGCCGUUUUUGUUCUUAAGGCGUCAAACGUGACUGAAGACUCUGGUCAGUGAAAAAUGAAUCUUCAUCGAUUUUGCCAAAAUGAACUUUGAAACGGUGGUUUAAAGUCAGUCAAAAGACUGACUAUUUUUCUUUUUUUUUU